ACGAAAGGAGAAGAAACACGUUAAAAAAUCCAGGACUCAGAAACAGGAAAGGUAACCUUAUCAAUGGAGGCAACAACAGCAAGAACAAGUUCUAUCCUCUUCUCUCACCUCCACUCAUCACUCCCAUCUCCCUCACUCUCUCCUUUAACCAAAUUCCCAUUUAAAUCUUCAUCUUCUCUAAUUCAUCUUCGCAUUUCCAAUUCUACCCUUUCAUCUUCACUCAAAUUCCCACUCUAUCCCUCCAAAAACAGGUCUACCUUUGAACUACAAUCUUCUGUUGAAGGAGUGGUGGCACUAGAGGAAGAAAUUCCCAAUGAAACCCAGGAAAAUAUCCAAAAGAGGAAACUUUAUGUGGUUAAUUUUCCCUUUUCUCUUUCUUCUGAUGAAUUGAAGAAGUUGUUUAGUGAGUGUGGGACUGUCAAGGAUAUUGAGCUGAUUAGGGAUAAAGAUGGGAAGAACAGAGGAUAUGCAUUUGUUACAAUGGAUUCUGGAGAUGAAGCUCAAGCUGUUAUUGAUAAAUUUCAUGCUAAGGAAUUGUCAGGGAGAACUAUUAAGGUGGAGUUUUCAAAGAGUCUAAAAAAGCCUCGACCUAAAACUCCUGCAAUUCGUCCUGUUAAAGAGACACAUCAUAAACUUUAUGUAUCAAAUUUACAGUGGAAAGCGAGAUCCAUUCACCUCAAAGAAUUCUUUUCAGCCGAUUUCACACCUGUUUCUGCUAGGGUUGUUUUUGAGAGUAGUCCAUCAGUAAGAUCUGCUGGAUAUGGUUUUGUUUCAUUUAGCACAAGGGAGGAAGCGGAGGCUGCGCUCUCUUCUUUGGAUGGAAAGGAAUUAUUGGGGCGUCCAGUACGCUUGAAAUUCAGUGAACGGAAUAGUGAUGUCGAAGCUACAAAUGAAGAGAAAGAGACAGAUAACUUGGAUGAAUCUACAGUCGUGAUUAGUGAGAAAGAAGUUUCCGAUGAUCAGCCUGACGAGUCAUAGUCUCAUAUAGGAAGAAGUCGUGUUCUCAGAAAUCCGGUGUGUACAUUUUUGCUAUAUUCCAUUAUUCUUCUGCACUAGAUGCUUUUUCAACCACUGUUAUGCUCAUUAUUAUCAUUACUGGUAUUAUUUUUGUAACACAUGUGCCUUACCUUAGUAAACCCUAGUGUAGAACUUGUAAUUGCAUCUCAACUUUUCAUUUCAUAGGUAUACAGCAAGUGUAUAAUAUUUCCAUGAAUACAGAUUUGCUGCAACUGCAAGAAACAUACUGUACUUUCUAUGUGGGUAGUGUUUGCCCCUUUUGCAGAA